CUCGAGCGCUGCAGUAGCGGCCGGAGGAGCUGGGCGCCCGCUUGGGCCCCCUUUUCGGUGGAGCGAAGCCCCGCCAGCCCCGCGCGCAUACGGCCAUCGCUUUCCAACUUCAGCUACAGUGAUAGCUAAGUUGGGAAAGACAAACACUAAGAGACGCCGCUUCUGCUCCCUGUGCCUCUCCUGCCUACACCCGCCUGUUGCGCGUCUCCGUCACCGGGGGUCCAGGACUGGCAGCGCAGAAGGGCGAGAGGGAACCAGGCUACUAGCUGAUAUGACUCGGGCCGCAGAUCAGGGAAGCCGCGAAGGAUGCUGCGGAUCCUGUGUCAAUUAUUUUACAUCCGCAAAGUUUCUUCUUUACCUUGGUCAUGCGCUGUCCACUUGGGGAGAUCGGAUGUGGCACUUCGCAGUGUCUGUCUUUCUGGUUGAACUUUAUGGAAACAGCUUACUCUUGACUGCAGUCUAUGGAUUGGUUGUGGCAGGAUCAGUUCUUCUUUUGGGAGCCAUUAUCGGAGACUGGGUGGACAAGAACUCAAGGCUUAAAGUGGCUCAGACUUCCUUGAUUAUACAGAAUUCAUCUGUCAUCCUGUGUGGUAUUAUCCUGAUGAUUGUCUUCUUGUUUAAGACCCAGCUUAUGACCUUAUACUAUGGAUGGCUUCUUACCAUGUGCUAUAUACUGGUAAUCACAAUAGCAAAUAUUGCAAAUUUGGCCAGCACUGCCACAACAAUCACAAUUCAGAGAGACUGGAUUGUUGUGGUUGCAGGUGAUGACAGAAGCAAAUUGGCAGAUAUGAAUGCUACAAUACGAAGAAUUGACCAGCUGACCAACAUCUUGGCUCCAAUGGCAGUUGGCCAAAUAAUGACCUUUGGCUCACCAGUGAUUGGCUGUGGAUUCAUUUCUGGUUGGAAUCUGUUGUCUAUGUGUAUGGAAUAUUUCCUGCUCUGGGAAGUCUAUCAGAAAACACCUGCUCUGGCUCAUAAAGCAACUUCAAAAAUUGAAGAAUCAGAACUGAAACAACUAAAUGUACAGAAAGAUAGUGAAUUGAAGCCCACUGAGGGCAUCCAAUUAAUUGGUGAGAAAGAUGUUGCAGUCUUUGAGCCCCAGGAGAAGGAAAUCAGCUGCAGUACCAGAAUUUCUGAACCUUUCAUCACAUUUCGUGAUGGAUGGGUUGCAUACUACAACCAACCUGUGUUCCUUGCAGGCAUGGCUCUUGCAUUCCUCUAUAUGACUGUGCUAGGUUUUGAUUGCAUUACCACAGGUUAUGCAUAUACUCAGGGUUUGAGCGGUUCUGUACUAAGCCUUCUGAUGGGGGCCUCAGCCAUAACUGGAAUCACGGGAACAGUAGCCUUUACCUGGCUCCAUCGCAAAUGUGGCCUGGUUCGCACCGGCUUCAUCUCUGGAAUAGCCCAACUUGCCUGCUUGGUCUUAUGUGUGAUUUCUGUGUUCAUGCCUGGGAGUCCUUUGGAUUUGACUGUUUCCCCAUUUGCUGACAUCCGUACCAGGUUACUGGAAGGACAACCAUUGCCUACUGUGCUUCCAGCUGAUAUGUCUGAAACCUCCUUUACAACUGGAAUGCACAACUGGUUAAACAGCUCUAGCUCUGUUAAUAGUGACCUAGAGAUGAGUUCUAAUUCUGUGCCUUUAAUCUCUGUUAGCCUUCUAUUUGCAGGAGUCAUUGCUGCUAGAAUUGGCCUCUGGUCCUUUGAUUUGACUGUCACACAAUUGCUCCAAGAAAACGUGAUAGAGUCUGAAAGAGGCAUUAUAAAUGGUGUCCAGAAUUCCAUGAAUUACCUUCUUGAUCUGCUGCAUUUCAUCAUGGUCAUCUUGGCCCCAAACCCUGAAGCUUUCGGCUUACUGGUGCUUAUUUCUGUGUCCUUUGUUGCAAUGGGCCACAUAAUGUACUUCCGAUUUGCCCAGAAGACCUUGGGGAAUCAACUCUUUGCUUGCUGCGGUCCUAAAUCCAAAGCAGUCUCUAAUGAUUCAACAACUUGUAAUACAUCCACUGUAUAGGGGGCUGAAACGAAUGCCCCCCUUUUUAAUUAUAAUACAUAUAUGCAAUUAGAUGCUUUAAAAUAGCCAUAAAGGGCAAAGUAAGGUGUUUCUCUACAGGCUAACAGUCAUAGUGUGCUCACUUUAAGGAAGACAUCCAAACUAGCUAAGAAGCUUGGCCAAACAACCAUCCAUAUGUUUCAAGUUUGGGUUGAAAUUAGUCUGACUCAAGUUUAGGGUCUAAAUUGAACCACCAAAAUACGUACAGUAGGAAUGCAACGAUAUUUAUCAUAAUAGUAAUUUUGAAUUUCUUCCCUUUUGAACCUUGAAGAAGACUAUGGCUUCAAUGACGUGAAUGCAUAUUUUUAGCUGAUGUACAUGUGUAGUCUUCACCUGAAUUCAGUGCAAUUUGCCCAUUAGGUAAUAUACUCCAUGUUUAGUAGCAUGAGUAAACUUGCCUUCAUUUUUCCACUUUACAUAAAUAUGGUAGUUUCUGCCUAUAUGCUGCUCCAGUUAAGAGAAUUGGAUUCUUUUUCUAAACUGGCUGAAAUGUUAUACAGGUUGUGUUGUGUGUACUGUGUGGGAUUUUUAAAGUUAUGAUGUUUAUUUAAAACAUCUCUACCCUUUAUCCAUUUGUAUUAAUAUUAGAGAAACACCUUUGCAGUUUUAGCUUAUUUCUUCACAAACUAGAAUAGAAUGAAUACAAAACAUUGUAUUACAUGUAUGUAGCACUUCAUAAAAUUAAGUACAGUAUAACCUCAGUAAGCCAAAGCUAUAAAUAUAAUGUAGCAUUGUAAAGCAAAGGUCUUCUGUUGAAGCAUACCAAAUAUGCUCAAGAGGGUUUGACAGAGUGGGUAGUGUUAAGGGUCAUGAGUUUUGGACAUAGAAAGAUAGGUCAAGAGUUAAGUCUCCUGGUGGCCGCCUUUUUGAAAAUAUCUGAAUCUGAGCAGCUUCAAUUUCCAUGGCUUUAAGAAAUCCUGAUAUCAGCCUGGUGUAUUAGAAAAAUAUUAUGAAUCUAGGCUAAACUAAAUGUAAAGAACGAAAUAACAACUUAAAUAUUUUAACACUGUCUUAAAUUCUAUUGUAAAAUAUCGUACACAUUUUUAAUUAAUAGAAACUUUUAUUUUUAAAUAUCUGUAAAAUUAAAACAAGACUGACAGUUUGACCCUUUUAAAAAGCAAUUUUGGAAAGAGCAAUGGAGAAUGUUUCCUCCUUUAAAACAAAGGAGUCAUUUUUCAAUGUGCAGGCAUGGACUGAGCUUUUAUAUUAACCAUUUAUGCACUUUUGUGGAAACUGCACUAAUGUUGCUUUAGUAUUCUGAGUUUCCUAUGAUAAAUCUUUGUGAAAUAUUUGCAGAAAUAUAAUUUUUUUCCACUUUGACUGUUUUUGUACUGUCUUUAAAAAAGCCUUGUUUUGGCUAACUUCAAUCUUGAUGUAAGCAACUACAAAUCUAUUGAAAUUAUUGGUGAUUACCAUGGUGACCAUGUCUGAAUCUGGGUCACUUUCCUUAAAACUGUGAUAAUUUUGUAUUGUAUUUCCAUUUUAAAUAGAAUGUAAGAAUACUUAGCUUUUGUUUCUGACCAAUAUUUUGUGAAAGGGAAUCCUCCCUCAUUCCUUUCAGAUUCUAUCAAAAUCUAAACUUUUUAAAUGAAGCAGUAGUCCUCAAAAUUCAGUAAGUGUUUGUAACAAUGACUCUUCUUUGCCCCCCCACGCCCACCCCACAAAGGACCAAUGUUAAUUAUUGAUGCUUUACUGAAUGGCACUCAGGGACUCUUUCAUUAAAUUUAUGCUUUCCAACAAAGAAUCUGGUUUUACAUGAUGAUAAAAUGUCACACGUAUAAAAUAGCUUCUUUUUUUUUCUUAAAAAAAAAAUCAGUGGCUCAAGCCUGGUACAUAUUUUGCCAUCGAUAGAACUUGGGAAAUAAAUUUACAUCAGGACUUGUUUCUGUGGACAAUCUAUUUAUAGAAUAAAGAUACCUACAAUGUUAGACAUUGAACAUGAUGGAAUAUUCACGAGAGAGAAUAACUUGGGGCAGUGGAUUAAACAAUAAAGCUUAGAUCUCUGAAUUGCUAAACGUCUCAUUUAUUUCUGAUUAUCUGUAAUCACACUUGAGGCCACUUUCUAAUAUUCUAGAAUGUGAAUAAAGAUUCCUUUCUCUACUAGUGGGCUUAUUAAAGUCAAUGGGACUACUUGUGGCAUAAAGUGCUACUCCAUACAAAGUGAAGUUCUUAAUAACAUGAUAUCAUUAAGGGCUUUGAUUUCAUAUUUUGUGCACACAAAAAUCUCACUUAUUUGAAUGAGAGUUUGGGGUAUGCAAGCAAUGCACAACUGAGUGCCAAGAAGUCAUCCUAAAAAAUAAAGAUAAAUGGAAGAAAGGAAGGCUAUUUCAUAAGUCUGGAAUGUUUUGGACCUCGCCCAAACAUGUAAGGAAACAAAUGUACUGUUUAAAUACAUAGGUUUGUGAUUUCAAGCAUCAUGGAUCCUAAGGUAGUAUUACUUUAUGGCAAUUUUCCUGAGCAAGCAUUUCAAAAGUCUAGCAUUUUGUUGUUUUUCUUUAACAUGCCCAAAUUAGAUGGGGAAGAAUCUUUUAAUGUGCGUAGUAAAAUCAAUCUUGAAAAGUAGCAUAUUUGUUGAAUUUUAUGCAGAUUAUAGUUGUUGAUAUAUUUUCUUGAGUAAAGCUUAUGAAUAAAUCCA